GCAGAGAGACCACACUUCCCGCAUCUUGGUGGAAGCAAGCAACGCUGAACGAAAAGCCAGAAUCUACGACACUGAUCCAGGCGCCAGAUUCAUCCCGUAGGUGCCUCAUCCGGCCCCGAACUUUCUGGAAAUCAUGCGGGACCCGGCACUCGUGGCGUUGCAGCAUAAGCUACCGUUCCUACCUGGUUAUCAGUUCGAUCUUGAGAAGGCCAGGCAUAAUGAACGCAAAUCCCACGCAUUCGACUACACGAACGGAGUGGCCGUCAACAAGGCUGCUCCAGGCAUAGGCGGCAUUCCACUCCCCGGCCAACAGGAGAGUAAGAUCCACACCUCCAUCGAUGUGUACCCGCAAAGUAAUGAUGCAAGCGAUGGUGUGCCGUCUUGGGUUGCCUUUGACAGGAAGGUUCUUCGCUUCUAUGCUUACUUCCAGGAAGCUGUGCAUGAGAAGCGGGAGGAGCAGUACCGAGUCCGCAAGGUGAACAUCUACUUUUAUUUGGAGGAUGAUUCUGUCCAUGUCAGCGAGCCCCGGACUGUGAACAGUGGCAUCCCACAGGGCACCUUGCUGCGACGUCACAGGAUCCCCAAGCCGGAUUCUGAGAUCGGCCAGCACUAUACCGUCUCGGAUUUCAACGUCGGGAACGAGGUCACAUUCUAUUCUCGGACGUUCAAGAUUAUUGGUUGUGACAAAUUCACCAAGGACUUCCUCAACAGAAUCGGAGUCGCCGUCCCCCCAGCCGGCUCCUUCCCCACAGACCCCUACACUUUACACCGCCAAGAGCUCGCCUCCCGCAUGAAAGCCACGCGCCCUCGCCCCCCGCAAACCUCGCUCAAAAAAUUCCUUGAAAACGACCGCCGCGUCCUCCGCUUCUUCUGCGUCUGGGACGACACCCAAUCCGUUUUCGGUGACCUCCGCCACAUGGUCGUGCACUACUACCUCUCCGACGACACGGUGGAGAUCCGCGAGCAUAUCCCUGCCAACGCCGGCCGGGACGCCAACACGCUGUUUUUGAGGAGGAGUAAGCUGCCGAAGCGGAUGCCGGUUACGUUGUACGGGCAACCGGAUGCGCAUCUGAACGAGGGGGAUUACUUCAACGAACGUGAUUUUUUGAUCGGGGCUGUGUUGCACCUGUACGGACGCCCGUUCAUCGUGUGUGAUUGUGAUGAGUUUACGAGGGAGUACUAUAAUCAGAAAUAUGGCAUCGAGACCUUUGACCCCGUCAGGAUCGAGGAUUACGAGCCUGUACCGGAACAACCGCUCAUCCCGGCGUCCGCGGUGGCCGCCAACUACGAGCUGCUCCUGCCCCCGUCGCCUCUAACCCCCGCCAACACGACCACCGCCACCCUCUCCCGCGCCGCGAUCCCGAUGAUCGGAACCGCCAUAGCGCCCAAAACCGAUUUCCAGAAACUGAUGCUGUACGACACGACCACGCUGCGGUUCUCGGCGAAAAUGAACUCCCCGCGGCAGGUCGAUAAGGACCGCACGUUUGUGGUUAGUUUGUAUGUCGCGGACGAUACGAUCAGCGUGUUUGAGCCAAAGUCGAGGAAUACGGGAUUGAUGGGGGGCAAGUUCUUGGAGAAGGGGCGGAUUAGGAAGCCGGAUGGGUCGGGGCUUUAUACUACGCAGGAUUUCGCGAUCGGCGAGCAACUGGUCUUCUUCCACCACCCCUUCAUCAUCACCGGCGCGGACGACUUUGCGAUCAAGUUCAUGGGCGAGCACCCGGACAUGUUCCCCAAACACAACGCGGAUGCUAUCGCGGGGCAGAUCGCUGCUGGGGCAGCCCAACCCGUUGCGAAACCCCCGACGCCCGGUCCUGCCCUUCAUGACUGGCAGGAGGAGAUCUUGGUGAGAGGCGAACCUCUUCCCGUGUCUCAGCCCGGUGUGGGACCUGCUUCGAUUGUUGAUGUUACGCAGACAGAAACGUCUGCGGAACCUACUUGGAAGGGACCUGAGGAUGUUCUGGCGAGGCUUCGCAAUUUCAACCUGGAAGAGCAGCCGGGCCAGGGUGUUGCGACAUCCCAAAACGCAUACACCCGGCAAAAUGGGUUCGCCCAGGAUACCGAUUUUGGCGGAAAUGCGUUCGGCCACAAUGCGGCGGUUGCAUCCCAGCAGCAGCAGCAGCAGCCAACAGAGAACGUUUGGAGGAAGAACCCCGAAGGCGCCGCGGCCGACAUCCUAUCCCAACUCCGCAACGGGACGGACACGAACACCGGUGGCACCUAUACCCACCCGCCUGCGCAACUAUCCUACCAGCCGUACGCUCCAUCGGGUGGUCAUCAACAAUACACCGCAUCUCAAACAACGGCCAACCCAACCGCCUUCGCAACCAGCGCCUGGGAAAGUCUCCGCAACGCACCCGAGACCGCCGCGGUGGACGGUAACGCUGCACCCGCUCAACGCCCCCGGGAAGCCGCGAGCGGCGCCAAACCGGCGCAGAAACAUGUUUCCUUCACAAUUGGAGGGGACUCUGCCCCGCAACGUCAGCGCGAUGGAUCUGGGGCCAGGCAUGCAGCGUUUGGGUCGGAAGGCACACAGGGACGCGCGUACGUGACGACCACGCGUGUACCGGCGGGUGGAAAGCCCUCAGCAAACGCGUUUGCUGGUGGGAAGGGGAUGCCGGAUUUGCCACCGUUGCCUACUACAAAUCAGUUUGGGACGAGGACCAAUGCUGCUUUGGCUGCUCAGUAGACUAUGAUGAAGGCCGUUCAUAUUGUGAGGGGAUCAAUGGGUCGGAGGGGAUGGUGUGGACGCUUCAAUGCAGGUCUUGCAGAUAGAGAAAGUAGUCACUUUGAUAUCUUGCUUAAUGUGAAGUAAUUGAAACGAACUUGCGUGUGUGGGUCGAGUGUGGAAAAACAUCGGCGGAGCACAUGCCCUUGUAUGCUGAUGGGUACACACAUGCGUUGAGGAACACGAUGCUGGUGCCGUCGAGGCAACAAUCAGGACGACAGAAAUGAGGUGGACCAUUGAGCGGAUGGAGACCAGAGGUAGUACAACCCUCACGUUCCUACCUGUCAUCCCACGAGCGUACAGAGACCCUGUCAUAAGGACCUCCUCUCAAAUUCUCAAGGCCACUCCACAACCAUGUCCAACAUCCCGUCCUUCCUCCGCGUCCUCCGCAAUUAUAUGCCACCUGACCUCGAUCCACAGCUGUAACCCGAUCCAACCAAGUAAAA